UCGACGACGGAUUAUAAGCUCGGCUUUUCAUCUCGGCUCUAUCUCGAGUUUCUCUUGUGCGACAGAGGGAUUAUCUGCGUUUAAUACACAAUCGCCAUGCUGAUGAAAAUCGUGAUCUUGGCCUUGCUGUCCACUCUCGCGGCGGCGGCGCCCAAAGCAGCCCCGGCCCCGGCUCCGGCACCAGCACCAGCCCCAGCACCAGCCCCCGAGCCGGUCGCCGCCGCGUCGGCCUAUCCACCGGUGUACGGCGGCCUCGGCGCCCACUCGUACUCGUCGGUGCUGCACUACCCGUCGUACGCCUACAGCAGCGGCUACCCGUACUACGGCGGCAGCUACGCCUACGGCGGCUACCCCUACAGCUACAGCUCGCUCUACAGCGGCUACCCGCUCAACGGCUAUCCGGCGCACGGCAGCGGAUUGUACUACAGGAAGCUGGGCUACGGCGGCUACGGCAGUGGCUACGGCUACGGCGGUUACGGACACGGCUACGGCUACGGCUACGGCUAUCCCUACAGCUCGCUCAGCAGCUACAGCUAUCCCUACGUCUCGUACUAUUAGAGCUGUAUUAGUAUUUCGUACGAAGUUCGACGAUAGACGUAAACGUGUGUAUCUAUAUCUCCGCGGCGCAACCGAGUGAAUCAUCGUAAUUCGUGCGAUAAAAUCACUGCCAGAGCUCGGUUUGAUCUUUCUAAUGCAUUUGUACACACACACUCGCGUACGCGUAUAUUGAAUUCACAAAGUAUUAUGUACGUAUAGGCGCGCGCAAUUAUAUACGUAUAACUGCUGCUGCAGUUAUAUUACAUAAUACGAAUUUUGUACACACACACAAGUCCUGCGCGACAAGACUCAUGCAUGCAUUUACGUAAAUUUAUACACGCACACAUAGAUGCACGCGAUGUAUGAGUGUGUGUGUAAAAGUGUCGGAUUAGAACGAGCCGUAA